UGGGAGAAAGAAACGUGGGGAAGAUGGAAUUCCGGAGCGCUCCUCCGCUUCCUCCUUUCCCCCGGCUGGGGGGAGAAUUGGGCUUCUGCAGGUCUGCAGGGAAGAGAUCCCCAGUGUCCCUUGAGGAGGUAGCCGUGUCCUUCACAGAGGAGGAAUGGGCUCUGCUGGAUCAAAGUCAAAGAAAAGUGUUCUGGGAAGUGAUGGAGGAAAAUUACGAGACCAUGGCCUCUCUGUGGGACUACAUUUCCCAGAAGGACUUGCAAGCAUCAGAGAGGUUGACCCUGUGCUUUCUAGGUGUUGAGAGAAUUUUUUUACCUCAAAGUGGAGAAGGAACUGUAUGGGAUAUGAAGUUCCACCAAGCCUCUGUUCUAUCUUGUUUCCCCUGGCUGGAGGGAGAAUUUGGCUUUUGUACAUCUGCAGGAAAGAGAUACCCCAUGUCCUUUGAGGAGGUAGCCAUUUCCUUCACAGCAGAGGAAUGGGCUCUCCUGGAUGCAGGCCAAAGAAAACUCUACUGGGAUGUUACAGAGGAAAAUUACGAGAAUGUGGCCUCUCUAGUUGGAGCUGUGAGGGAAAUGGUGAGUGAGGAGUCAGAAAGGAGACUUGUGGGAAAAGACAACCGUCUCCAGGGGGAAGCAGAGUCCGUGGAUCAAGUGAUAUCAACAGGACAGUUCAGAAGGAAAUGGGAAGCAAAAGAGAAGCAAAGGAAGGAAUUGGUUGCUUCCGUCGAUGCCAGCGGGCAUCCCUAUCUCCCAGCCGCCCAGACGGUGCCACAAUUUGCCAUGAGGGCUGGGCCGGGAAGACUCUUCUCCCUUCGCCCCUCAGGCACGGGGAGCGCGGGAAAGCCGGCGGCGCCACUGACUGACCUGAAGCAGGUGGUGAGCUCCCCACUGGGCUUCAGACACGGGUACUUGGUGGUGGCGACUUUGCUCUCCGAACAAACUUCCCUGCGAAGAACGGCUUGGGACACCGGACGCUGCAAUAGUGAUCCUCAGGGGCGGGCUGUUCUUUCGGACACACAGGCCCGCAUCCGCUUUGUGGAGUUUGCAUUCCGACGUAGGAGGCUGCGAGUCGGAGGAAGCGAGUUUAGGGGAACUUACUUAACGCUAAGCGACUACGGGUUGGAGGGAUUGCAGCCUCCGUGUAAGGCACGGGUCUUCAGAACCUCCGCUACGAGACUCUUCUGA